AUGGCAACUCCCAAAGCAGAUAUAUUGCUACCGUUAUACAUCUAUCCAUUACCUGGAGCAUGGGAUGCACUACAUGAGGCAAUCGCGGCAUAUCCAUCACUCAGGUUCACCAUCAUUGUCAACCCUAACAGUGGCCCGGGAGGUGCAUCCUUCUCACUGCCAGACGAGCACUACGCUCGUGAGAUUCCUAAACUGAAUGCUCGGCCUAAUGUAUGCACCGUAGGGUAUGUACGAGUUGACUACUGCAAAAGAAGCCUGGGCGAGGUCUUCCAGGAGGUAGCAACUUAUGCAGGCUGGAGUAGGAGCACCGAUCGAGAAACUGGUGUAACUCUCGGGCUGCACGGGAUAUUCUUCGAUGAGACGCCCAACCUGUAUAGCAGGAACGUGGCCUCGUAUUUGGAUUCAGUGAGCGCGCGCGUCAAAGCGAGCGAAGGGAUUUUAGGCCAUCGACUGGUGGUUCACAAUCCAGGCACAGUCCCAGACACUGGUCUCGCUAAUCCAGGGCCUGACAUAACCGCUGUUUUUGAGGAGAGUUUUGCGGCAUACCAAUCAGACGGGUUGCAACAGCGGCUGUCCAACUUACUACGCUAUGAUAGAACAAAAUGUUCUUUUAUGGUACAUAGCGUGCCUCGAGAACACGUACGGGGCUUGACGCAGAGUUUGCGCUGGCGAGGCAAAUACCUGUUUGUUACGGAUCUGAGUGAGAAUUAUUAUUGCCGCUUUGGGCCAAGUUGGGCGAGUUUCUGUGAAGCCAUGGCAAGAGAAUAG